CCACACCAAACAACACCGCGACAACCAUCCCCACGCCAACCGUCGCCGAGACACCCAUCUGGGAAACACCCGUCCCCGCUGCAACAAUCUCGCAGACACCCAUCAGUGAAACAACGGUCCCCACGCCAUCCGUCCCCAUGCCAACCGUCUCCGAGACAACGGUCCCCACGCCAACCCUCCCACAGGCCAACCUUACCCACGCCACCUGUCGCUGAGACAACGGUCCCGACACCAACCACCAUCAAGAAAACGGUCCCUACGCCAAUGGUUGCCACGCCAACCGUCACCGAGAAAACGGUCCCCACGCAAACCGUCACCGAGACAACGGUCCCCACACCAACCGUCACCGAGACAACAAUCCAGACCCCAUUCAUCUCUGAGAGAACCAUCUCCAAACCAACCGUCGCCAACACAACCAUCCCCACGCCAACCGUUGCUGAGACAACCGUCCCCAAGCCAACCAUACCCACGCCAACCGUCACUGAGACAACCGUCGCAAGGACAACCAUCAGCAAGACAACCGGCCCCACGCCAACCAUCGCCAUGACAACCAUCCCCACACCAACCGUUGCUGAAACACCCAUCACAGAGACACCCAGCCUGAAAACACCCGUCCCCGAUACAGCCGUCCUGGAGCCACACAAUGCUGAAACAAUGCUCCCCACGCUAUUCCUCCACACGCCAACCUGA